AUGCUAUCAACGCCCUGUCCUUUUAGGGAGAAGAGCGAUACAUGUAAUGUAGUGAAACCCGAGUCGCGAGCGCGCAAAUGCGCUGAAGCGGUUAAUGGUUCAACACAAGGAGUAUCUGGUGAUAAUUCAUGGGGUAUGUCGUGGCCAUCUCUUUUUCCGCGGAAUCCUGAAGGGUUGAAACCGGGUGAACCUUUGAUAAAAAAUAAUAGUCCCUCUUUUUCCAAUACUCGAGAGUCCGUAACUCGGCCACGUCGGCCACCCCCUAAACCAUAUGAUAGAGAACAUAACUCUGAUAGUGAAAAAGGGUGUAUUGGACAACAAAAGGCAUGUAAAAGUUCUCCCAUGCCUCGCCUUCCUGGGUCUUCCUUCUUACAGUAUUUAACAAAUUCUGCAUUGAGGGAAACUGAGGGAGUUGAAGUUGAUGAAAGGGGUCCCCAACAACGGCGUAGUGGCAGUGAGGCCGGUACACUUUCCGAAAACAAAACUCUAGUUAGUGAUGGAAUUAGUUCACCACCUUCUCGCGUUACUUUUCCCGUUAGCAUGAAAAUGUUUGCGAGAGAAAUGGCAAAAAAUUACGAUAAACUAUGCCGCGCCUUGUUAGAUGAUGAUGGUGCUAUUUUUGAUGACAACGAACGGAUAGAAAUUGCUGACGUCUUGCGCAACAUUGGCGGGACUGUAUCGAAGAUUUGCAUAGCUGCAUAUGAUUCUGAGACAAACUUGGACGCCUACAACACGGUAUCGGACGCGAUGGUGUCGAGAGCUCAACUUCAUGAAAUACGCGUUAAACAACUUACAGAAGAAGUUGAGGUUUGUGUCGACGCGAAGCGUGAGGCGUUGGCUGACGCCGCAAGGCAACUCAGAAAUGAGCGGGCGGCACUAAAAAACAUUCUCCUGCAAUCAAAUUGCUGUGCCGAUUCAAGUUUAACUUCCCAAAUAACUUCCACGGAAGUCGGUCCGUCUGGGAAUGGGAGCGAUUCCGCUGCAGUGGCUGUUGCUGAGCAGCCAGCCAAAAUAUUUGGGGAGGUUCAAAAAGGCACCAAAACUUCUGGCAGCAGCAACGCGUCUGAUCCUUAUUUGCCCCCCGUUGUGUAUCGUAGUGGUGGUCGUUCAACUCCUGAAAGUUCACUUAAUUCGUCAAUCGCCUCCAGAGAGUCCCAAACUCAAGACUGCGUUUGCAACUUGAUCGCGCAGGUGCCGUUGCAUGAACUGGCGAAUGAAUUGCUACGAUCAAGGCGCCAGACACUUUUCAUUUCCCAACUUGGCAACCAAUGCACUGCAGCCAAUGAAUUGCGCAUGAUGCUGAUGCAAAAAGAAAUGGAAAAUUUUAUAAGGGUCUGUAGUCUUUUGGAGCAGGAUUAUCUUUUCAAAAAGGAUCGGCUCCUUGGAAGCUGCUUCACGCAGGCGCCUACAACUCCGACCACCCGUAGUUGUGGUGUUCCCAUCACCUAA